AUGAUGGAUCUGCGCCAGGGGGCCCUGAUGCUACUUGGGCCGACGAUGAACGCCAAAGUGGCCUUCGAGCUGUCGGAGAGAAUCCCUCACUUGGGCCUGAGGAUGAAAGAGCACUGCAACAGAGCAAUGGUUUAUGCGACCAGGAUGAAGAAGAUGGGCCUGAAGGUUAUAUACCCGGGCCUGGAGGAGCACCCACAGCACCAGCUGUUGAAAUCCUUGGCCAACAAGGACUACGGCUUUGGUGGGCUGCUGGCCCUGGACAUGGUGACCGAGGACCGGGCCAACAAGUUGAUGAACCAGCUCCAGAACGUUACUCAGUUCGGGUUCAUGGCGGUCAGCUUGGGUUACUACGAGACCCUCAUGUCCUGCUCCGGCAGCAGCACCAGCAGCGAGAUGAACGAGGAGGAGAAGGAAGUCGCGGGGAUCUCGCCUGGGCUGAUCAGGAUGUCGGUAGGGUAUGUGGGGACUUUGGACCAGAAGUGGGCUCAGUUCGAGAAGGCGAUGUCGAGGAUGCCCAAGUAA